CCUCCCUCCACCCUCUCAUCUUCUUGUCUUCCUUCCUCUUUCCUCCCCCCGUCCCGGGUUUGUCUCUUUACCUCCGCAUUCCCCCACUAUGUGACCGAUGGCUCUCUACCACUAUAACAGGAAGCAGAGACUGCUUUUGGCCUCGUUCGCCCUUCUCUUUCUCCUUCUGCUGGGCCUCUGCCACUUCUGGUCCGCCCGCGACCCGGGCUCGUACUUCUUCCAGCCCAACGAAGGCUAUCGCCCGGAGUACAGCGUGCAACGCAUCCACGAGUCCCUGGAGUGGCUGUCGGCCUUCAAUCAGUCCGGCUCUAGCGCCAGCUCCCACGCAACCCCCGGUAUCUCCCCGCCGCGAGCAAAGACCGCCUGCGUCGGCAUCGUCACCGUUAAGCGUCCGCUCCAGCAAGACCUCGACACCACCGUGGGCUCGAUUCUGGACACCCUGACGCCGGACCAGCGCGCCGCCCUGACGGUGCAGGUGCUCUUCGCUCUCAGCGACCCCAGCGCCCAUCCGGACUACAACCAAACAUGGGUCAACAACGUGGUGGAUCGCGUGCUCACCUACGAUGACCUGGCCGACGCGCCCGGGUGGAUCAUUCUCAACCUGGAAAAGAAGAAGAACAUCAAGAAGAAAUCCCUGAUUGACUACCGCCUGGGUCUGCAGGCUUGUUACGACAUGACAGAUGCGCCCUGGAUCAUCAUGCUGGAGGACGACGUUGUGGCCCAGCGCAACUGGUACGAGCACACCAUGCGCAGCGUCCAGCAGAUCGAGGAAUGGCGUCGGCAUGACGCCAUCAAGGAUUGGCUGUAUGUGCGUCUCUUCUACACGGAGAAGUUCCUCGGCUGGAACUCCGAGAACUGGCCCGUCUACCUGGCGUGGAGUGUGCUGGUUGUCUCGGUCUGCGCCAGCGCGGGCAUCUACGUCCGCCGCGCCGCCCGUCCCGCACAGGGCGUCCUCACCAACCCAUUUCUGCUCGUGCUGUGCGGUAUCUGUGUCCCGCUGCUGAUUGGGCUGUUCUUCCUCGCGGGCCGUCUCACCUGGUUCCCGCUGCAGGAUGGUAUUCACGUCAUGAACGCGCAUGGGUGUUGCUCCCAGGCUCUGCUGUUUAAUCGAGAGAAUGUCCCCGCUCUCCUGGAGUACCUCGAGUACAUGGAAGACGUGGUUCCGACCAAGGCGGUGGACAGCGUGAUCGAGAUGCUGGCGGCACGGGCGGACUUGGACCGGUUGGCCAUCUCGCCAUCCCAGAUGCAGCAUGUCGGGGCGGCGUCGUACAAGGAGAAGAAGAAGUCGUGGAAAUGGGAGGGGCCGUAUCGGGUGAAGGGAGCGCAUGGGGUGUGGAGUAUGGGGUUUGAGAAGGCAUAUAGGGGGGAAUCAACGGGCCAUGGAAGGCUUGACCUGGACGGUGCUGUAUAGGAUUUGUCCGUCAUCCGAAGUGGAGCGGCUUCUAUGCCUCCUCGGGGGAUAUGCUCCUGUCACCAGGGUCUGGAUCGGGAAUUGUACGACGUUCUUUAAGCGGAAGUGGCAGGAAUAA